AGUGAUAUUUGAAUCCAGAUCCCAUCUUUUCUCGCCGCCCAAAGAAAAGAACAAACAAAAUGACUCAAUUCUCACCUGUUCUUCCAUGGAAAACCAAGAUCGUCCUUUUCGCGCUUUCUGUCGUUACCGAUUAUGCCCGCCGUGAUGACGGCACCAUCAACCGCCGUCUCCUCUGCUUCCUCGACUUCCGCGCUCGGCCCAACUCUACUCCCGUUAACGGAGUUAAGACCUCCGACGUGACUGUCGAUCCCUCACGAAACCUCUGGUUUCGCCUCUUUGAGCCUACGGAGGUUCCUGGCGGAGGCGAGAAGCUUCCGGUGAUUGUGUUCUUCCACGGCGGCGGCUUCGCCUUCAUGAGCGCCGAUUCCAAGGCCUACGACGCCGUGUGCCGCCGAUUCGCCCGAAAAAUCCCUGCCAUCGUGGCCUCCGUCAAUUACCGGCUCUCGCCGGAGCACCGGUGCCCGGCACAGUACGACGACGGCUUCGAUGUCCUCAAGUACCUGGAUUCUCAACCCCCGCCCAACUCCGAUCUGUCAAUGUGCUUCCUCGUCGGGGACAGCGCGGGGGCCAACCUCGCGCACAACGUGACGGUGCGGGCGUGCGAAACAACGACGUUUCGGGAGGUGAAGGUGGUGGGACUGGUUCCCAUUCAGCCCUUCUUUGGGGGAGAGGAGAGGACGGAGUCGGAGAGGAGGCUGGAAGGUUCGCCGCUGGUGUCAAUGAGGCGUACGGACUGCAUGUGGAAGAUGUUUUUGCCGGAAGGAGCCGACAGAGACCACGAGGCGGCGAACGUGAGCGGGCCGAGAGGGAGGGAGUUGUCGGAGGUGGAGUUUCCGGCGACGAUGGUGUUCAUUGGAGGAUUCGAUCCGUUGCAGGACUGGCAGAGGAGGUACUGCGAGUGGCUGAAGAGAUCGGGGAAGGAAGUGAGGGUGUUGGAGUAUGGGAGUGCGAUUCAUGCGUUUUACAUCUUUCCGGAACUGCCGGAGGCGUCUCUCUUGUUUGCAGAGGUGAAGAAUUUCGUUGAGAAACAGAAGAAAACGCAUAGGCAAUACCCAUCCAGGAUCUAGGUAUAAUUUAUGUAUUAUGAAUACUAAUAUAAUGUGUUGUUCUCGUAUUACUGAAGAAUAUUUUGCUCAGAAGUCACAUUUAUCCCUAUUUUUUGGAAAAUAAUUGAGGGAAAAACAUAAGAGAAAGAAAAUAGGGAGGAUGUAUUUGGUUGGUGGGAAAAUUCGAAAAGGAA